AUGAGAUAAACUUUAAAAUUAGCAAUUUCAGAAUUUUAAGAGAAAACACCUAUUCAAUUUGUAUAUAUAAGUGAUGAUGAAUAAUAAAAUCAAUAUGUAAAAUAUUAUAGAAAUGAAAAAGUUUCAAGUUAUGUCUGUUGGAUUGGUAGAUCAUUAACAUAAAAAGAGCAUGCUAUAUUCAUAAAUGAUAAAUUUCCUUAUGGAACAUAUCUUCAUGAAACUAUGCAUGUAUUAGGUUUUGAACAUGAAUAAUGUAGAUAAGAUAGAGAUAAUUAUGUGUCAGUAUAGUUUGAAGAAAAAGAUUCUAAAAAUUUAAAAUAUUAAUAUGAGAAGAAAGGAUUUAUGAUUGGUGAAUAUGAUCCUGAUUCUAUUAUGCAUUAUUCUUUAAAUAGAAAUAUGACUUCUAAAGGUUAAUUUAAUAAUUAAUAAUUUGGUUAAAGAAAAUAAUUAAGUGAAGGAGAUAGUAAAGGCAUUUAAUUGGUAUAUGGAAAAAGUUAAUGUACUUAUGAUACAUAUGGUGAUAAAUAUAUGGAAUAAGAUUUUUUUGAAUGUAUUACAUGUUGGGGAUAGGAUUCAGUAUUUGGAGCAUGUAGGGCUUAUUGAUAUUAAAAAAAUCUAAAUCCUUUUAUUGUGAUUGUGGUAAAUAUAAUCACAAAAGUAGCUUAUGUACAAGACAAACUACAAAAUUUAAAAGGGUAUAAUAAUCAAUGUAUUUAUGUUAUGAUUGCUUUGAUAUAUAGAAAUAUCAAUAAACACAUGAUGGUGCUAUUCCAGGAGUUUGCUAUCCUUGUGCUAAGAAAUGUCAUAAAUAGCAUAAACUAAAAUUUUAUUAGGUGGCUAAACAUUUUUAUUGUGAUUGUGGUUUAAAAGAUUGUAAAACAAAAUGCACUGCAAAAUGA